AUGCCUUUUUGGCUUGGCCAAUACAACUGGCAAAACGGACCUCAAACGCCUUGGAUGACCUAUCCGACUCCAGCGUACAACCCACGUGCGAUCACUCCCCAACAUUCCAACAAUCAGCAGGAGGCUCACUACGUCGAUCACAGACAGCCUAUAACUGAUUUUGCAUCGGCCUUCAACACCAUGACCCUCCAAGAGCCGUCACAAAACUGGUAUAUGGAUUCAUGGGCAUCAUCACACCUUGCAUCUAGCUCAUGUAUGCUUCAUUCUGUUCUUAAUUUAAACACCGGAAAUGCAGUGGUUGUAGGUAACAGUUCCUCUAUACCCAUUAAACAAACUGGUAGCUCGUUUAUACCUUCUCCAACACGACCUCUGAAACUUCAAAACGACCUGCAAACCAAGAAAACAAUACUCCGCAGUGAUUCUUCAGGCGAUCUUUACCCUGUGCCACCUUCGCUCAAAACAUCUCACCAACACUCUGUUUUCGUUGCUGAGACUCUUCGAGCAUUCGCUCAAAAUGGUAUCAAUGUUCGUUUCUCAUGUCCUUACACCUCUCAACAAAACGGAAAAUCUGAGAGGAUGAUUAGGACUGUGAAUAAUGCCAUUAGAACUCUCUUGUUCCAAGCGAAAAUGCCCCCUUCAUACUGGCCUGAAGCUCUACACGCUGUUGUUCAUGUCCUUAAUAUUCUUCCUUCUUCAGCCAUUGGAGCUAAAACACCUCACUUCCUCAUUUAUGGCAAGCACCCUACGUCAAUACUUGAGACUCCUCAGGUGCAACCUACACCAACGAGCACUCCCACUGCUCCUUUUGUUCCUUCAUCUCAACAUAAAUAUGAUGCAAAGGAAGUCUUAAAAUGUCACAAAGCUCGACUAGUGGCCAAUGGGAAAACACAAGAAGCUGGUGUUGACUAUGAUGAAACAUUUAGCCCAGUGGUGAAACCUGCUUCUAUCCGGACAGUUCUUAAUGUUGCUUUGAGUAGAGGAUGGCAAAUCAAGAAACUAGAUAUCCAGAAUGCAUUCCUCCAUGGUACCAUAUCAGAAACUCUUUAUAUGCAUCAACCCCCUGGUUUUGUUGACAUUCGGCCUUCAACACCAUGA